CUUACGGGAUUUUUUUUAUCAACAACUGAAUGGAUUGUUUACUCAUUAUUUUCCUAACACAAUACUCUUUAACCGGUAUUUUACAUUCUUAUUUAAUUACUAAUGAUUGAACUGGAUGAAACGUAAAAUGCUGAUGCGAGUUAUAAUACUGUCUUCUAUCUUGGUGAAACUUAUAUCAGGAAUUUGCACCUGGCCUGAUGCGUUUGCUAAUACUGUUUAUGACGACAGUAGUAAAGGGGAGAUAACUUUUCAUACAGAUACACUAACUGGCUGGACCAUUAAGAUCACUGUAAUAACUGGCUCCCCGGAAUACGACACGUGGAGAUGCCACUCAACGGCAUUAUAUGAGUCGGAUAAUAUUUUGGUGAUGAUAUCUGAGAGCACAUUUGCACCAUUUGGGACACAGUUAUAUGGAUUUAUUUGUUUGAAACUCACCGAGAUUACACAAUCAUCAUAUAGAUACUACCUUAAUUACCGUGAGGAGCCUAACAUCGACAAUGAAAGGGUUGCAAUGUCUACGAACAGCAAUAGGGAUGACUGGGGUCUUUUAUGUAUGUUGGACGAUACUUACGCGUCAUAUCUUCCUGCAGAAUCAGAGUAUAGAGUAAUGCUUAAAAGUGACAGUGUUGCUUCAGCAAAGAUAGACUGUCCGUACGCAUUUCUUGGCUCUUAUGAUUACACCCACACUUCCUCUGAUGGAACCAUUACUUGCGAAUCUUCGAGUGACUCUCUAUCAACUUGUACCGAGAGCACCGAAAUUUCCUUUGAUUACAACACGUGUCCAACAAAAGUUGCAUAUUCAGUAUCCGACAGUGUCUGGUGUGUUGAUACAGUGCCCUCUGGCGGAAACAACUAUAUAACAGUGUAUAAUGGAUAUGACGCUGAUUCAGAUAUUGACAACACGAACGUUUACCGGUUUACUUGUAUUGCAAUAUCAGUUGAUGGUACGAUGGCUUCCAUUGCCCCUAACAGCUGCCGAAAGGAUCAAACACCGGACGCAUUACCCACACAAAACGGAGCUAACAUCGGCUCUACUUUGACUUUGACAAAAACUGCAGGUAAAUUGUUUUAUAUCUGCUAUAUCGUAUCUCUCUAUAAACGACAUUGAAAAGAGAUAUUAGUUCCUUUGUAAACACCAGCCAAAUUAAUAAAGAGAGAGA